UCCUGUGUAAACACUGGGGCUUUUACUUUGAAAAGCAGCUUUCCCAGACGCUCGCGUGGAGCAGCGCGUUCCCUGAGGAGAAGAGGCUGGGCUCGCGACAGCCUGGAGAUCAAACUUUUAGCUGGAAGCGGAGAAAACGACCGUGUGUGGAUGUUACCUUUGUCACAGAGGAGCGUUGUCAGAACGACACAGAGUGUUUAGUUAUCCGAGGAAACUUUCUGUUUUUCUGUUUUUUUCCCCAAACUAAAGUUGUGGGGUGAGCGCGCGCGUGUGCAGCUUCAGGACCACCGGCUGUCCGCGUGGAGAUCCAUCAAACUUCAGGAUGUUUGUGAGAUAAAGGUCGGAUUCUGGGAGGCUGCUGAGGAAUGAACUCGACCGCGGAUGGCCUGGCGAGUGUGGUCAAAAGUCUGCUGUGGUCAAAAAUGGCUUCUCCUCCUGUCCCCGCUCCUCCUCCUCUUCCUCACAAUCGCUGUCAUGACGAUGACUCUCCCUCUUCCUUUGCCGACCACCGACAUGGACCGGCGGGCGUCCCGAGCCCUCAGCUCUGCUGGAGAGUUCAGAUCUAAGUCCAGAAAUGUGGAGCUUCCCCCCGCCGUUGCCUUCCAGCAGCCGCUUACUCACAUCCACAGCGGGGCCUGGAAAUCUAGCUCUGAAAAAGGGGCGCGUAAACAUUCAGCAGCACCUAAACGUUUCAGAGACGCUGCUGGCAAUGACGGAAGCAGCAUCAGAGAGAGAAGUCACGCAGACUCACUCAGAAAUAAACACAAAAGCAAAGGCAUUGCAUCUAAAAGAAAAGGCGCCAGCCAGCAUUCAGCCAGUCAUCAGCAUCCACAUCUCCCAGCAUUUACAGGCCCAAAGCAUAGAAUUAAGCCAAGCAACCACAGCUCUGUGGUAAAGCCGGCUGCACAGACAUACAUUCAUGUGGAAGAGAGGAAAUCCACAGCCGCACAUAUAUCUGCUCCUGCAGACUCCAGAGUAAGUGACAGACGAGCUGCAAACAGACAGACAGACAGAUGGGAGGAAAAUCAAACAAACACAAAUGCAGAGACACCAAAACAUGGCAGCCAUGCAACUGCAGAGCAAUCAGAACAUCACCAGGCUCUGAAAACACACAGACAGCUCUCUGGGAAAACUGACAGAGUCAAUAAGGAGCAGCAGGCUGUGAAAAAGCCCUCCAGAGAUCUGAAGAAACACCAUAAUCUCUCAGAGGAUUCCUCCCAAGCAAAGAAGAAUCCUGGGUCAUCGGAGCGCAGAGAGGCUCUGUCCAAACCCGAGGCAGCCAUGAAGAAAGAUGACAGCAGCUGGUGUCAGAGCUUUACAGAGCAGGACUUCCCACCCAGCGACCACAGGAGAAUCAGGAUUAGUUCAGGUCUACGACCUCUCCUCUGGUUCAGUGAGGAUGACGUCCAGAAGAUGGAGCUCCUGGCUGAAGGAGAGGUGGUCAGUAAAGCCCGGGUACCCGCACAUGGACAGGUGAUGCAGGUGGCACUGGAGCCUCCUGCACACCAGAAGGAGGAUUCUCUUCAACCAGGAGCUCCCCUCAGACAUCCAGAAUCCCACGAUGAGCGAUGCCAGCGAGGACGCUGCUCCCUGAUCAAACGCACCGAUGACUGGUUCGAGGUCUUUGCCUUCCACCUGGAUCGGGUGCUGGGACUAAACAGAAGCCUCCCCGCAGUCCUGAGGACUUUCCACAGUGAGGUCUUACCGUAUCGUUACAUCAGCGGCGUCCCCAGGCCCGUGGUUUGGUGGGAUCCUGACAUUCAGCACCUCUCUGAUGGAGACAACGACCAGAACUCUAUACCACUCAGCUGGACUCAGUACCAGGAGCUGCUGAAGGCCCACUGUGGGAGUGGAAAAGGCCUGAGAUCAGCACCCUGUGUGGGAGUUCAGCAUUCAGAGUGGGGCGGACUGGCUCUCUUCGACUUCUUACUGCAGGUGAAUGACCGGCUGGACAGGUACUGCUGUGGUUUCACACCUGACCCCUCAGAGCUUUGUGUGGAGAAUCUGCUGCACACCAAGUGUGCCCACACCAAGGAGCUGUUGCUGGUUCACAUCCUGGUGAGGAAGGCAGACCCCUCCAGACUGGUGUUCAUAGAUAAUGCCGGCCGUCCGGAGCAGUCCAGUGACAACCUGAACUUCAGGCUGGUGGAGGGCAUCGAUGAGUUCCCAGAGCGAGCAGUGUCUGUGCUGCACUCAGGCUGUCUGGAGAGUCUCCUUCUUCGCUCUCUUUACACGGACCGGGAGUUCUGGGACAGCCAAGGAGGGGCCAGCGGUCUCCGGCCCCUGAUCCGAGUUGUAGAGCAGCGAGGGAAGAUUCUCCUCCAACACAUCAGGGACCAGAGGCUGCAGCAGGAGAGGGACCUGUGAUGGAGCAGAGGGGACCAAAGAGACAAUUUCACCCUUCCUUCACGUUAAUACUCUGAUUAUCAAGAUGACAUUUAUAAGCUCAUUCUGACGCAGAGCAGAUAAGCUUGAAAGUCAAAGGAAACCCUUUUAUCAGAGCUUACAGUAAUAUAACAUUCACAGUGACAAACUUUGGUUUUAAACUAAAGUUUCUAAAGGAUGACUGAUGUUUCUUUCAGAUAUAAAAUUUCCAGAAGUGACUUAAAAGAUUUCAUUUCUGUCAUUUUUAUGUGCAGCGACAUGGUCAGAGGCACACAGACUUUAUGUAGAUCCUUGUUUUAUCCUGACUGUCUGAACAAAAGUUUCCAUCUCCACUGGUGGAUGAUGGUUUUCUGAUUUAACAGCUAUGAUAACUGCAAUGUAAAUAAACAUAUCUGUGUUGAGUGUACAGUGUAAUGAAGACCAGAUACAUUCAGCUCUAAAGACGAUGGAUGUGAUUGUAAAAGCACAAAUAAAAAAAUCAUUUGAACGACGUCAUUUUUUUAAAGAAGGAAAACGGAUUUUCAGGUAUUUUUAGAGGUUUAAGAGUUUUAUCUGCUGUCUUCGACAUAGUCAUGAUAUUGUAGUUCAGAGGGGCGGUUGGUAUGAAAGGCUUACAGGUCUUAGUCGCCCCUUUCUGAAACAAUAAUUGGGGAAGACAAGAAGUUGACAUGUGUCCAUUUUUACCUUGCCUAAAAAUAAAAAAAGCAUUUUUUUUAAAUAUUUUAGUUGCCCAAAGGCGAAAGGGACUGAUCUCUCUGUUGAUGCUUAAAAAUACAAAUACUAAUACAAUAAUAUGUCAUUUGGACUAAAAUACUCACAUGGACAAAGUUGUUGUUACCCUUCCAUUAAAGAAAGAAAAACCCACAAUGGUCACUGAUAUAACGGAAUUAUUUCAAAGUAAUAAAUAAAAAACUAGCUUCUAAGACACUUACAGCAGAAUAAACAAAAAAAAAAACAGACAAAUGAAACUGCUCUGGACUAAACUGAAGCUACCCUUGACUUAAUUUUGUUGCACAACCUUUUGAGACAAUCACUGCAAUCAGGAGAUUUCUGUAACUCUCAGUGAGA